UGUGCCGUUCCUGUAAAUCGUCUUACCGGAACAGGAACAUUUUGUAGGCUCCCCGGUGUCAGUCGACGGUAUUUGUACAUAUGUAACCAGAAACUUUAAACGUGUACGGCAUAGUUAACGCCAAUGAAUCUUGGACAUUCUAAUGUAUUUCUGAAAUGACGACAAACCAGUAUGAUCUCAAGGACUACGGUGGAUCAAAAGAAGAAAACUUAGUCAGAAGUGUUUUCAAAAAUAUUAUUUCCGAUUCCGGAUUUCUCUUACCUGCAUUUCUAAACAUAGUUAUACAAAGUAGUAAUGCCAUUGAAGGGAAAUCAUUCAGCGACGCAUCGGUCUAUCUUCGACUAAACUAUGAACAUGCCGAGGCAUAUGGUAAAAACUAUAUCGAAGGAUAUCCCGAGUGCGGGGGUCUUUACUUGAAGGAUAUACUAACUUUAGAUAUUUUCAAAGAAUUUCUGGCGGAUGGAGUAGAUGCAAUCAGGAAAAACUCGACUGCUUGUCGUCAAUCAUUCUUGGCAUUGUUUGAAUUUCUGCGAGAGCGAAGUAAACAUGAAGAGGCAAUCUGGAAACUUGCCAAAGGCACUUCAUUAAGUGGAAGUAAGGAGACACAAGUUAUGGUUGGAUUGGCCCAUCACCUGUUUUCGCAGUUGGUCCCAGGCAAGAAGUAUGAAGUCGAUAAAUAUGCAAAGCAGCUUCCAAAAGAAUGUUGCUGUGGCUGUAAGGCUACGAUUUAUGGUGGAAAUACAUCAGUAGGCUCAUCAAGAACAUGGCAUGGCAGAGUAGAUAUCAUGUUGAACCACACAAUUGCUGUGACACUAGGGAAUGAAGAAACUGAGAGCACUGAAGAGGUUGAAGAUAAUGAUGCAGAUGCUGAACCUGAAAGCAAACAAAGAAAGUUGGAAACUGAUGGGAAUUGUGAUAUUUGUGUUGAAGUGGAAGCCAAUAAGAAACAGGACAAUAUUUUGGAAUCCAAAGUUUUGGAGCAAAUCUUGGCUGAAGCUAUAACUAAUGGAUUUGCUCAACUAAACAGAGAUGGAAGUGCCCUGUUACAUUUCUUAAUUCCAACUAUUGGAGUUACGUCUGACCAAAUAUGUGUUUGUUUGUAUGACCCAGAAUCUGACUGCUUGCUUUUAUCAAGUGAGUGGCUGCAGUUAUGGGUUCCAGAAAAGGAGAUCCUAGCAAAUGAAAUAAUUGUUGCUGUUUGGCUUUUCUUGAACUUCACUGUUUUCACUGCGCAAAAAGUGGCUACCAAAUAUGAUCUUGAUCAGUCAGGUUUGCAUGCAGAGUUAAAAAAUAAUUUGCAGCAUUACAGAAAGGUAGAAACAAAAGAAAAUUUUGUUUCAUCUUCUGUACCCUUGAAAUAUAGCUUUUGUCCUAAUAGCAAAUGAGUUUAUUUUGUGGUAAGUGGUUAGUUGCAUGCCAUCCAUACUUUCAGCCAUCCUCUAUCUGACUUUUUAGGACAUCUGACCUGGAGAGUCAAGAAGACCUAUUGCUAGUGUUUGUGCCAUUAGCCAUUCGUUAACUUUUCUUUUAAAACACUACUUCAGUCAGGUAGGCAAUCAUUUUUAUACGCCCGUCAAAUUGACGGGAGUAUUAUGAUAUGUUGGUGUCUGUCCGGCAGGGCGGACGGUCGAGGCGUCCUUCCGUCCGUCUGUCUGUCCGUCUUUCUGUUGGGCGUAAACUUUCGUUUGUCUGGCAAUCUCCUCCUACAUUUUUCACUCAAUUUCUUCGAAACUUGGUAGGCUUUAUAAAACAUGAUAUGAAAUUUUGUCUCCCCGAAAAGAAAUUUGAUUCAUCUGUUUUUGCAAAAGUUAUUGACCUUUGUUUAUUUCCAGUACUAGAUAUUUUGUCUCAAAGUGUACCCGGAACGAUUUGCAAUAUUAAGUGUGAAAAUACACCACCUUUUUUGUUGACCUCAACUUCAUUUAGGUUAACAGGUAUUUAUCAUGUUUAUGGACUGGUAACCACACAGCAACCUCACAAAAAGUAACUCUUUAUACUAAUUGAUUACUCACGCUAUGAAGUAGUCAAUAACCCAGUUGGUGAGAACCACCUUCCUGGUUGAAGACUUACUAGAUCGGCAAGGUGAAUCGCUACACCACUGUGCUCGCUGAUUCUGUAAAUGGAUACAGUUGAAAUAUAUAUAGACAGCCAUACUUCAACAGAUUACAAUAACUAUUGUACAUGUUCCAUUAAUCCCUUCAGGAAAUUGUAGUUCUAUGCAAGUUUAAAAAAGCAAACAUUGCUAUCCUGUGUAAGUUUACAAGAGGAAUACUAUGUUUUGAUCUUUCACACAUUUUGCAAUAUACAUAAAAGUUAUUGUGAUGUAAGAAUUCUGUCAUGUGUGUGAGCUUUGCUGCUUUGCCCAUUACAUAUCAAUUUAAUUCUUGGAAAAUGUGACUUUUUAUGAAAUUCACUGGUGAAAAUAUAUAGUCACAACUUGGUUUGAAUUAAAUAUUGUGAAUUUUACAUACACCUAGUAAGAAUAACUCAUGCCUGUGAAAUUUAUUUUAAAUGUCAACUUUCACACCAAAGGAAUAACUAGACAACCGAGCUCCAUUUGAUUGGUUAGACAGAUGAUGUACAUGUCAUGUAAUGAGUGUAUACUUACACGACCUUUGGUAUUGUGGAAACAUCCCCACAACAGAUGUAGGUUUUCUUCCCCUGCUCAGUGUAGAAUUGCCUUGCAAUACCAUAGCAUUCUGGAUUUGACUUAAUUCCACAACGAUAACAUGGGAUCAAUGUGGAAGUUAUAUCACAAACACACCAGCCAAUGUCGGUUGCCUUACAUUUCUUAAUGCUUGUUACCGUGAGCUAAUGAUCUUACAUCAAAAUGAUAUGGAAAUAGUUUGUUUCAUUUUUUAAAGUUUUUGCCAUGUUUUGGACAAAACUUUUUUUAAAGUUUUUAAUUGCUUCCAAGUCCAUAAAUGUACAUCCCAUACCCUUCUCAUUUUGGUGUAUGUAUUUAUUAUCGGUCUACAUGUGAUAAAAUAGCAAUUGAGUGUUAGAAAUACUAAUUUUUUACUGAAUUUUCAGUUAUUUUGGAUUUAAUUGUUAAUCAAAACUAAGUAUAUUCACAUAACUUUUAGAAUUUCAAUCAAGCUCACAAAAAUAUCAUCUGUUUCUGUGUCAAAUGCAUUAAUUUAGCAUUUAUAAUUUAUAUCUUAAUAAGUUAUUAAAAUUGUAGUAUAAGCAUUUUACAAUGGCUGCCAUCGGAGAUUUUCACAUUCAUUGAUUGCACUUGUCAUAUUUCCUACAUUUGUUGACUUAAACCAUUGAAACUUAGUAUGCAUUAUAAUCAUGAUAUGUAGGUGCAGUGCUUAAAACAUAUUUCAUUACUGGUAUAAUUAUGAAGUGAAUGGUUUUAGUACAAUACAUUGUUGAACUCUGA